GUGUCUGGGGUCCUUAAUGCUUUCUUCUUACUAUUUCUGGUUCUUCCAGGUCCACAGUAGGUUGACUAGAGCUCUACCUGCACUUGGGUGGGGGGCCCUGUGACUGGCUGAUGAGUUAUAAAUGACAGCGAUGUAUGUCACUUCUGGGCUACAGCAUUUAAUUGCUGGUUAGACCUUCCACAGUGCACUUUCCCUGUGACAUGGCAACUGGUAGUAAUGUGGAAUGGGGGUGGCUGCUGCCAGCCUGAAUCCCUGAGUCACUCUGUGCAUGAUGGACAUGCAACAGGAGUGAUAACUAAACCUUUGUUGUUUUAAACAAACAGUGAGCUGUUGGGGCCCUUUUGUUACUGCAGCAUAACUUAGCCUGUGCUGACUGAUACAGGGACUAGAGAGGCAUUUUAGGCAGAGACAAGGAGUGCAUGUGCACUUAAUACACAGAGAGAGGACCCUGACUUGGAAAGCAGCCAGGGUGAUCUUUUCGACAUGUAUAUCUGAGCUUAUAACCCCCUGCCUGAAAGACCAUUGCUGCUAUGCAAAUGACAGAAAUCCAGCUGCCCUCCAGUCUCUGUGGGGACACCAUCUUUUGUGCCUCCCAUUUGUCAUGUUCUGCCUAACAUGGGGCUUCCUCAUGCUGUUCCUUCUGCCCUGACCUUGCAUUCCACUCCCCUCCUGAUGAGGCCUCCUCAUCCUUCCUCCUCUGUCUUCACAUCCCCUCUUCAGGGAAGCCCUCCCUGAUUAGGCUGAACCCCCUUCUUUAUAGCUCUCUUGGCCCACCUACCUCUCCUUUGGAGCACUCACAUCCAUAGCAAUGUUCCACUUAUUGGUGUAAUGAUCUGGUUGUAGCCUUGCUCUUCCGUCAGACUCUAAGCUCUGCCGGGGUUGGCUUGAGUGUGCUGUUGGGUUUGCGCUUGAGAGUUGCUCACCAAACACCUUCUGCUGAAUCCUUGAGUGUGGAUAGAGAGCUCAGUGUGUGCUGGGGACUAGGGACAGGAUGAGUGAACGCUGCUUCCCUGAGCAAUGGGCUGGUGGGUUCAGCUGGAUGGAGGUGUUAGGCAUAGCUGGCAACAUGACUGGCUUGUAGAGUAUAGCUGGUACGUUCCAAUCCUUACAGGUGUUUAUGGCCAGGAGGACUGUAUGCCAGGGAUGUAGCAGAGGAUAUUCCAGGAAAGCAGGAGGAUGAGAGUCAACAUUCCCUGAGGCCCCUGCUCAUCUAGCCAGUAUAUGAUUCAGUGAAGGGGCUACAGAGCAGGUGAUCUGGGGAAGAUGAAGAGGAAGAAGAAAAAGGUGAUGAUGAUGAGGAUGAAGAUGAUGGCAGCUAAUGUUAUUUGAGGGCUUAUUGUGUGCCAGGUAUGUCUAAGCAUGUCACAUACCCUGCGCUGAAAACAGCUCCACAAGCUAGAUAGUACUCCCGUUUCACAGAUUGAGAGACUGAGGCUCCAAAAGAUGAGGUAAGGGACCCAGGGUUAAUGGCAUAACCAGGAUUAGAACCUUAGCAGUCUGAGGUCACCUCCUUAGUAUGCCCUCUUGGAGUGAGGGCAGAGAACCCCAAGCCCACUGGGGAGAAGCCCCUUUGGAAGCACCAUGUGGGGUUAUAAAGCCCUCAGGGGAGAGCGGGCCUCCAGUGGAGUACCACCUACCUAACAUCGGGGUUUGAGCAGGGGGUUCUUCGCUCGGAGGUGGCUAGUGGCCCUGGUGCCAGGGCUGGUGUACAACUGUCUGGUGCAUCUCUACCUCCUGCUGGAGGCUGCGAGUCCUUGGAGGCCACAGAGCCCCAUGUUCUCAGAGUGGGGCCUGGGAGGGGCUUCCCGACAGCUGACCCUGGAGCUGUGCUGGAAAAACAAGCUGUGCAGAAAGAGAAAAGAAAAUUGUGCUGUUGUUUUUUUAAAAAGCCUGUUUCCUAUUGCAGAUUUGUAUCUUUGUUGAAAAGGCCGGUGUUCACACAAUGCAGUCACCUUGCUGGUGGUGUCUCCGGACUGUGGUGGCUCUGCUGGGGAGACCUGGACCACAGUCUGGGUAUGACCAGGUGGUGAGGGCAUGCAUGCCAUCGCUGUGCCAGGCACUGUGCUGGGCCUGGGUGGUGCCAUGUGCAAUUGAGUCCCUGCCCUUCCAGAGCUCACAGAUCAGCCUGGGAGUUGGGCAAAGAACCAGGCCGUUGCAGCUUAUGGCAGAAGGAUGCAAAGGAGACAACCACUCACUCUAAGUCAGGGAAUGCUUCCCUGAGGAGGAGGUCUUUAGGCUGGGCUUUGAAGAGUGAGUAGGAUUUGGAGAACACAGGAGGGGAGAGACUUCAGGCCCGGGGCAUGGCUUGUCCAGAAGCAUAGGUGCGUGGAAGGGUCUGGGGAGGCUUGAGUACUUCACUUGGGUUGAGAGUAAGUGUAAGGGGAGGAGAUGGAGGUGGAUGAGGCUGGAAAGAGAAUAGCAAUAAUAAUAGUUUGACUAACGCAGGUCCCGGUCCUCGGCAUUGGUCGCAUCCCCUCCCUAGAUCACUCUUGCCCCGGUUAUCUCCAUGGCGGGCCCCCCUCGCCUCCCCCAGGACUUCUGCUUAAACACUGCCUUCUCAUGGGCACUUUUUUUUUUUUUUUUGAGUCAGGGUCUUACUCAGUCACUCAGGCUGGAAUGCAAUGACGUGACCUUGGCUCACUGCAACUUCUGCCUCCUGGGUUCAAGCGAUUCUCCUGCCUCAGCCUCCUGAGUAGCUGGGACUGUAGACACAUACCACCACACUCAGCUAAUUUUUGUAGUUUUAGUAGCGACGGGGUCUCACCAUGUUGGCCAGGCUGGUCUUGAACUCCUGACCUCAAGUGAUCCACCUGCCUUGGUCUCCCAAAGUGUUGCGAUCGCAAGUGUGAACCACUGGGCCGGGCCAUGGGCACUUUCUCAUUUAAAAUUGCAACCCACCCCAACACCCUCUCUGCUUCCUGCUGUUUUCUCUCUUUAGUGAAUAGCACUUAUCCCAUGCUCCAUGUUUGACUUUUUAAUUUUGUUUUUCAUCUGCCUCCCAUCAUUAUAAAGCAAGUUUGCAGAGAGCUGGGAUUUUCGUUAGUUUCGUUCACUGCUGUGUGAACAGUAUAUGCCAUAUAGUAAUUAGAGCUUCAGAUACUUGUAGAAUGAGUGGAUGAAUUGAGCACCUACUAUGUGCAAAGUACUUCACCUGCUUUGUCUUUUUAAAUCUUCACAGUGGUGCCCUGAUUGUGGUAUUGUUAUUUCCCCAUUCUACAGUUUAGGAAACUGAGGCUCAGAGAGAUCACGUCACUUGCCCAAGGUUUCACAGUUGCUAAUGAAAUUCAAACUCAGGGCACUGGAUUCCUGAACCCUCUGGCCUAACCCAGAUACUUGGCCCUUACUAGGCUGUAGCAGGUCCUGACUGCUGUGCUGAGGGGGGGUUUACGCUCUGUCUGUUGGGCCACAGGGAGCCUCAGAGGGUUUUAUGAGGAGGAAGCUGACACGGUGAUCAGAUCCACGUUCCGAAACACAGCAGGAGUGGCUUGGGCAUGAGGCUGGAAGCAGGGAGGCCAAAUAAGAGGCUUUCUUAGUAAUUGAGGCAGGAGAGGAUGAAGGUGAGAGCUGAGAGUGACAGUUCCCAGGGAGAAGUAGGGGGAACUUGGCCCUCUAUAGUGAAGGUCAGAGCGGAUGGGUUGGGGCUCAGUUCUAGGGACCAGAUGUUUCCUCAACUGUGCCAGACUUCUGCUUCUGAGUAGGGAGGGGACCUGCAGAUAAAAAUCCAGCAAAGUACCUUGAGCUGGUCCCUUGGCAGGGAAGGGGAACUGAGAAGGAGCCAGGGAGCUGGCUGGCGGGGUCCAGUCUGUGCCCUGGAGAGGGUGUGGGCCCCACGUUAGUCUUGUUUCUGGCACCAGGUAGUGGUGAGAUCUGAGCAGGAGGCUGCUUCUCUUGGAGUUACCCAUUUUCUCAUCUGCAGAACAGGGUAAUGCCGAUACUGGCCUCUGAGGGCUGCAUGAACAGCUCCGGAGAAAGAGCACCAGUGAAUGGCGUAGGGCCAGUGUCAGGCCAUCUCCUGGGUGUGAGGCCAGUGGAUGUGGGGGAGGUAUGGGGGUCCUCUUGUGCCCCUUGCUGGGGAUGGGAUGGCAGUACCCAGAUAUGAGACAGUGAGCAUGUCUGUACUUAAAGGUGAUCUGGCCAUAGCCUCAGGCACUCAUGCUGCCCCAGUGUCUUGUGUUUAAGGCAAGAUAUUUAACCUAUCUGGGCCUCAGUUUCCUUUCUAUAAAUGGACUCAGUAAUAUCAGACCUGCCCUGCAUUCUGCGGAAGAUUUUUUCCUCUGUAUUUGCAGGACCGAGUUUAAGGUGCUAUUAUCUCUGGGUUGGUAACCAACUGGACAAAACACAUAGGGAGCACCAGGACACUGACAAAGGUCGGGUGAGAUUACUCCUGCACCCCCUGAUGGAUGAGGAAGCCUGGGGCUCAGAGAGGUUACGUGACCAACUCAAGGCCACACAGCUGUCGUCUCAUUGUUCCAAUCUCCUUAAGAAGGCCACAUUGAUAAAGGAAGCCUUUGGGAUUGCCUACUUGUAUUACAUAACAAUUCCCAGAAGAUUUCUUGAGCGAUUUAAAAAUAGGAUUUGGGCUGGGCACAGUGGCUCAUGCCUGUAAUCACAGCACUUUCGGAGGCUGAGGUGGAAGGAUCGCUUGAAUCCAGGGGUUUGAGACCAGCCUGGGCAACAUAGUGAGACCCUGUGUUUAAAAAAAAAAAAUAACAGAAUUAGCUGGGCCUGGUGAUAUGUACCUGUAGUCUCAGCAACUUGGGAGGCUAAGGUGGGAGGAUCACCAGAGCCUAGGGGAUUGAGGCUGUGGUGAGUUGAGAUCACACCACUGUACUCCAGCCUGGGAAACAGAAUGAGACUCUGUCUCAAAAAACAAUAAUACAUUAAUAAAAACAGGAUUUGAUUUAUAGAGUCUUGGUUUCAGACUUUAUCCCAUCCAAGGAACCUCACAGAUCAGAAGUUGUAGACACAUUCAAACAGACCAAGAGGCUCCACUGAAAUGAUACUGGGUAGGGGAGUGAACUAGAGAGGGGGCAGAUAGCUGCUGGCCAUCCUGCUCCCAAGCAGCAGCCUCAGACCAGGGGUUGGUGCUAAUGGUAGGGGGUUCCCUGCUUGCAAAGUGAGGCACCCCAGGCCUCUGGAGCCUUCAGUGCCUUCUGGAACUUUUCCUUCCAGUCCUCUCUCCCCUACCCCACCUGAUCCUAAGAGCAACGAGGACUCUCUUCCUCCCAACUGCACCUUCUCCGAUCCCCAAUCACUAGCCCAGGCAGGUUGGCCCUUAAACCCCAUAUUGUAUAGCUCAGAAAACUGAGGCUCAGAAGGGGGAGGUGACUUGGAGUUCAUACAGUUUAGGGAGUAACCAAGCUAAAAUUCUGACCCCAAAUCUUGCACCCCUUCCUCUGUACCCCAGUUCUUCUCCUGGAAUCAGAGCAGAAUGGGGACCCCAGAGAGUUGGCACAGCCUCUGCGCCCUGCAACAGAGGUUGUCCACUACUGCAUGAAUAUCAGCGAAUGUGACUGGAAGGAGCUUGGGGUCGAAAUGGGGGUGGUGGCCAGUGGGCACCUUCCCCUAGGCUUUUGGCAGAGUUGUGGGUGAGAGUGGGACCAGCAGGCAGGAGGAUCACUUUGACUAGGGCACUGAGCUGGGCUGGUAUGGACGUCACUGAGCAAGUAAAUAUGGAACCGCCCCCACAAUGUCAGCUUUCCCGGAGUGGCUUCUCCCACUAUCUCUCACUUUCCCCAAGGGAAAGGGGUGAGGGCCAGCAAAGGAUCCGGCUGCCUGAUGCCAGGGAAUGGAGACGCCUGGCUUGGGAGGCUCCAGGACGGCUGAGGGGCAUGGGGAGCAGCUCACCAGACCCUCUGCCCCAGCAGGAAGUGAACUUCUCGUGGGAGCAGCUGACUGGGACCCAGCCGGGGCGGACUCGGCACCAUCAUGGCCUAAGAAUGACCGAGAACAUGAAGGAGUGCUUGGCCCAGACCAAGACAGCUGUGGGGGAUAUGGUGACGGUGGUGAAGACAGAGGUCUGCUCACCACUCCGUGACCAGGAGUAUGGCCAGCCCUGCUCUAGGAGACCAGACUCCUCUGCCAUGGAAGUUGAGCCCAAGAAACUGAAGGGGAGGCGUGACCUCAUCAUGCCCAAAAGCUUUCAGCAAGUGGACUUCUGGUUCUGCGAGUCCUGCCAGGAGUACUUCGUGGAUGAAUGCCCAAACCAUGGCCCCCCGGUGUUUGUGUCUGACACGCCGGUACCUGUGGGCAUCCCAGACCGGGCGGCGCUCACCAUCCCACAGGGCAUGGAGGUGGUCAAGGACACCAGUGGAGAGAGUGAUGUGCGAUGUGUAAAUGAGGUUAUCCCCAAGGGCCACAUCUUCGGCCCCUACGAGGGGCAGAUCUCCACCCAGGACAAAUCGGCUGGCUUCUUCUCCUGGCUGAUUGUGGACAAGAACAACCGCUAUAAGUCCAUAGAUGGCUCAGACGAGACCAAAGCCAACUGGAUGAGGUACGUGGUCAUAUCCCGGGAGGAGAGGGAGCAGAACCUGCUGGCUUUCCAGCACAGCGAAUGCAUCUACUUCCGGGCGUGCAGGGACAUCCGGCCUGGGGAGUGGCUGCGGGUCUGGUACAGCGAGGACUACAUGAAGCGCCUGCACAGCAUGUCCCAGGAAACCAUCCACCGCAACCUGGCCAGAGGAGAGAAGAGGUUGCAGAGGGAGAAGUCUGAGCAGGCUCUGGAUAACCCAGAAGACCUGAGGGGUCCCAUUCAUCUCCCUGUGCUGAGACAGGGCAAAAGUCCCUACAAGCGUGGCUUUGAUGAGGGGGACAUACAACCCCAAGCCAAGAAGAAGAAAAUUGACCUGAUUUUCAAGGAUGUUCUGGAGGCCUCACUGGAAUCUGCAAAGGUAGAAGCCCACCAGUUGGCCCUGAGCACCUCACUGGUCAUCAGGAAAGUCCCCAAGUACCAGGAUGAUGCCUACAGUCGGCGUGCAACAACCAUAACCCAUAGUGUGCAGAAUGUAGGCCGGACCCAGGGGGAGGGGGACUGGAAGGUCCCCCAGGGGAUCUCCAAAGAGCCAGGCCCAUUGGAAGAUGAAGAAGAGGAGCCUUCAUCAUUCAAGGCCGACAGUCCUGCCGAGGCCUCCCUUGCAUCUGAUGCUCAUGAACUUCCCACCACCUCUUUUUGCCCUAACUGUAUUCGCCUAAAGAAGAAGGUGCGGGAGCUUCAGGCAGAAUUAGACAUGCUUAAGUCUGGGAAACUUCCUGAGCCCCCUGUAUUGCCACCACAGGUACUGGAGCUCCCAGAGUUCUCGGACCCUGCAGCCUCAGAGAGCAUGGUCUCUGGCCCUGCCAUCAUGGAGGACGAUGACCAGGAAGUCGAUUCGGCAGAUGAAUCUGUCUCCAACGAUAUGAUGACUGCAACAGAUGAGCCCUCCAAGAUGUCGUCUGCCACCGGGCGCCGAAUCCGGCGCUUUAAGCAGGAAUGGCUGAAGAAGUUCUGGUUCCUGCGGUACUCCCCGACCCUCAAUGAGAUGUGGUGCCACGUCUGCCGCCAGUACACGGUGCAGUCCUCACGCACCUCGGCCUUCAUCAUCGGCUCCAAGCAGUUUAAGAUUCACACCAUCAAACUGCACAGCCAGAGCAACCUGCACAAGAAGUGCCUGCAGCUGUACAAGCUCCGCAUGCACCCAGAGAAGACAGAGGAGAUGUGUCGUAACAUGACCCUGCUCUUCAACACCGCCUACCACCUGGCCCUGGAGGGCAGGCCCUACCUGGACUUCCGGCCCCUGGCGGAGCUGCUGAGGAAGUGUGAGCUCAAGGUGGUAGACCAGUACAUGAACGAGGGAGACUGCCAGAUCCUCAUCCAUCACAUCGCCCGGGCCCUGCGAGAAGACCUGGUAGAGCGCAUCCGCCAGUCACCUUGCCUCAGCAUCAUCCUGGAUGGGCAGAGCGACGACCUGCUGGCCGACACGGUGGCUGUCUACGUUCAGUACACCAGCAGCGACGGGCCCCCAGCUACAGAGUUCCUGUCCCUGCAGGAGCUGGGGUUCUCUAGCACAGAAAGCUAUCUCCAGGCACUUGACCGGGCCUUCUCGGCCUUGGGCAUCCGGUUGCAGGAUGAAAAGCCAACUGUGGGCUUGGGUGUAGACGGGGCCAACAUCACAGCCAGCCUCCGGGCCAGCAUGUUCAUGACGAUCCGCAAGACCCUGCCGUGGCUACUGUGCCUGCCCUUCAUGGUGCACCGGCCCCACCUGGAGAUCCUGGAUGCCAUCAGCGGGAAAGAGCUCCCAUGCCUGGAGGAGCUGGAGAACAACCUGAAGCAGCUGCUGAGCUUCUACCGCUACUCGCCACGCCUCAUGUGCGAGCUGCGGUCCACGGCGGCCACCCUCUGUGAGGAGACAGAAUUCCUGGGGGACAUCCGGGCGGUGCGGUGGAUCAUCGGCGAGCAGAACGUCCUCAACGCCCUCAUCAAGGACUACCUGGACGUGGUGGCUCAUCUCAAGGAGGUCAGCAGCCAGACCCAGCGGGCAGAUGCCUCGGCCAUCGCCCUGGCCCUGCUGCAGUUCCUCAUGGACUACCAGUCCAUCAAGCUCAUCUACUUCCUGCUGGACGUGAUCGCUGUGCUCUCACGCCUGGCCUAUGUCUUCCAGGGCGAGUACCUGCUGGUCUCCCAGGUAGAUGACAAGAUCGAGGAGGCCAUCCAGGAGAUCAGCCGGCUGGCUGACUCCCCGGGAGAAUACCUGCAGGAGUUUGAGGAGAACUUCCGAGAGAGCUUCAAUGGGAUUGCCAUGAAGAACCUCAGGGUGGCUGAAGCCAAGUUCCAGUCCAUCAGGGAGAAGAUCUGCCAGAAGACCCAGGUCAUCCUGGCUCAGAGGUUCGACUCCCGCAGCCGGAUCUUUGUGAAGGCCUGCCAGGUGUUCGACCUGGCUGCCUGGCCCAGGAGCAGUGAGGAGCUGAUGAGCUAUGGCAAGGAGGAUAUGGUGCAGAUAUUUGAUCACCUGGAGGCCAUCCCGACCUUUUCCCGAGAUGUCUGUAGGGAAGGGCUGGACCCCCGGGGCAGUCUGUUGAUGGAAUGGCGAGAACUCAAGGCAGAUUACUACACCAAAAAUGGCUUCAAAGACCUGAUCAGCCACAUUUGCAAGUAUAAACAGAGGUUUCCACUCUUGAACAAGAUCAUCCAGGUUCUUAAAGUCCUCCCCACUUCCACCGCUUGCUGCGAGAAAGGCCGCAACGCCCUCCAGCGAGUUCGCAAAAACCACCGCUCCCGCCUGACCCUGGAGCAGCUUAGCGACCUGUUGACAAUCGCUGUAAAUGGACCGCCAAUUGCCAAUUUUGAUGCCAAGCGAGCCCUGGACAGCUGGUUUGAGGAGAAGUCAGGGAACAGUUACACACUGUCCGCAGAGGUCCUCAGCAGGAUGUCCGCGCUGGAGCAGAAGCCAGCACUACAGACCGUGGACCACGGGGCGGAGUUUUACCCUGACCUUUAGGGAGCUGGCGCUGCAGAGUUCACGAAGCUGUUGAAUAUUUUUUUAAUCUAUACUCAUAAGCUUUGAUAUAUUAUAUAAAUAUAUAUUAUAUUAUAUUAUAUAUAUAUAUAUAUAUAUAAACCCACACUGAAAAUUUUUAACAACCAAGGUGACGCGUCCACCAGAAGCCACUGGGAGCUUUCAGAAAGGAAAAAUGUUGGAAACUGACUCUUGUCUACAAAAUUUGGCAGCUGCAACAUACGUGGCAACUCAUUUUCACUCACGGAUGCACGUGCUGGGGCCACCUGUGUUCCCAACUUACUGUCCACCAACAGCAUAAGCUAAAAUGACAGGUCUCUGUCAUCACCUUUAGGUAGCUCACUUUGUUUAUGUUUUCAUUUGCGGGUGGCAGGGCUUUGGGUUUGGGUUUAUGUUCUUGCCUUUUCUGUUUUCAUUUGGUUUUAUGAUGGGAGGGAGGUCCUUGGCCUCCUCAUUGACAUUCUGGUCAAAGGUCUCAGACUUAAGCCGGGGUGGGUUGUGUGUCUGGAUUGGGGGGUUUGACCUUUCUCCCUCCCCGUCUAACUUCAGCUUGAGAUCUUUUUUUAUUCAUUUCCUGAUGAGGGUUCCUUCACUGUCCUACAAACAAAAAUGUCGGUCAAACUGUGACACCACCACACCUCACCUCUGUUGCCUCGUCCAUCCCUGGGAUGUGGAUCCCUUCCUUCCAGCCCCCGGAAACUACGAUAUUACCCAUUAGACUGAAGGCAAGAUUGCCUCAUCGCCGAGCUUGAAAUCCUGGGAAAGGGAGAAGGGGUGAGCUUUAAGCAUUCCUGUUUUUACGAGGUGGAGGAUAAACAACACAAUUCCAUUCCGAUCCAGGGCUUUUGGGGAGAUGAAAAGCCAAGAAGUCCAGGCCCCUAUAAGGGAGUGAUUUUUGGCUAAAAAAAAAAAGAAGUAAAAUGAAAAGUACGUAUUCAAUUUACAUGAAUUAUUUAUACUCUGUCUUUAUAAUCAUAUCAUGUGUUGAGGAUAUUUUUUUUUCCUUUCAUAAUUUUUUUUUCCUUUAAUAAGAAAUGCCUGCUAAAGUUCAGUGGCAGGAGGUGUCAAUGCAAAUUGUGCCCUGAGUUCUGCAUAACUCAAAUGAGAGUCUCUAGAGAUGUGGUCCUCCUUUUGCAACAAGGCUGAUAACAUGCUCCAUGGUAAUAGGAAACUGGGGAAUGUGUCUCUGCCUAUAAACUCUUCCCUUUUUGACCAGGGUAGAGAUGUCCUAAAGGAAAGGAGAAAAGAAGAGAGGACUCUCAAGGCAUCAGCCUACACACACACACACACACACACACACACACACACACAAAGUCACAAUAUACAAUAUAAGCUUUAGAAAUAGCCACUUGCCUACUCCCUGGGGCAAGUAGUGGUUUAAGCUAGAGGAGUCUGAUCAAUGCUCUUUCGUUCAUUUAACUACCGGUAUACCUCGCAAGGGAGUUUUAAAAAAUGUGCGUGAGCUGUUAAAAACUUCUGUUCAUGUUUCUACAUCUGAUUUAUGCAUAGUUUAUAUGCAGAGAUCUUAUCAUGUGGAUGCAGGUCAUUUUGGGGGGAGGGAGGAAGAUCUGAAUUACGUACAUGUGGUCAGUUCUGCUGAGAGUUUCACCUCUUGGUUGGUGUGAUCUGGCCACAGGCCAGGCCCCAGUGUCUUCAGCCUGCUUGGUUCAGACAUUUUAAAACUGCGGUGGCUUCCUUCCUUCUUGGUCGACUUGCCUCUGAGGCCUCAUGCCACCAUUGAGAACCAUAGUGGAAAUGUCAUCAACACUGAACAUGUUAUAGCCCCUUCCUGGUCCUGCCAGUCUCUUCGUUCCCCUACUACUCCCUUCCCCUUCACCCCCAUGGUCUUGGUGCUAAGAUAACUUUAGAAUCAUUGCUGCUAGUCAAUAGCUUUUCAUUAUAUAAAUAUAUUAUAUAUAUAUAUAUUAUAUAUUAUUUUUUAAACAUUUUUGUUUGUUUUUAACAGUGAUGUAGCAUGUUAAGAAAACAAAAAAACUGGGUUCCUCCAACUCUCCCACUGCCAGGCCUCAUAUGCUGCCUUCUUCAACAAAUCAAUGCACCCCUGCCUGGUGACAUCCAACCCACCUCCCACCCCUGUUGCACACAUACUUCCCCACCUUCCUCCGGGCAAGAGGACAGUUAGCAGGAACUAGCAAGGAAAGGCUGAAAGCCCCUUUCUGAAGCUUUGAGAUUUCCAGCCCCAUUCCACUUCCCACUUUAAACUGCUGUCUCCCUCCAUCCAUUCCUCUCAUCAGGGUCUAAAACUAACUGUGGUCAAGUGGGAGCUGUUGCAAAGCCCCAGGUCCCACCUGGCCCAGCCUUAGCCUCGGGUCUUCCUCUCCCCUCGCACAUGCAAACUGCUGUGUCAUGACUGAACACUGCAGAGACUAAGAAGGGUUGAGGGCAGAGAUGGCUGGCAAGACAGGGCUUGGUGAGGACGGAAACAGUAGGCUGAGAUCCUUUCUUCCAGCCAAUAGUUGCCUUACACCUUACCUUGGGUAAGGGUAGGGAGGAGCAGACUAAGACCCCUAUUCAUUUGAAAACCAGGAAGAGAAAACCAGUGUCUGCCUGAGCACCUAGUCAGUCAGGGCUGGACUUUUUCUUCUCAAGAGAUGAUGGUCAAAAUCAGCUAAAAUCUUCAGCUAGAUGGAGAAAAGCUUAUGGGGCAGCGCCAGUGCCUACCCUGUAGUUCCUGAGAAAGCUAGGAACAGGUGAUCCGCCUCUGGCCUAGCACAAUGAGCUGCUAUGCACAGCACAUGGCUGCGGGGUCACCUCCUGUGCCGGCCACCAGAUCUUGGAAAAGCUAAGCUCUCAGAUGGUCUUAAAGUUAGGUUAGGACACCCCUUACAACUCUGGGUGCUUGUGGCUUCUGCUGAAUUUAGCCAUGCCAGGGCUAUGGCAGACACUCUGUAGGGCACAUGGCCAUGGGACAGGGAAUAAUUUGGGUGAUACACCACUGCAGUUUACAUGGGGUCUCUUCUCAGCUUGGAUGCUCCCUGGGUGAUUACCUGUGAUUUCUGUCAUAGGCAUUGCUCACCCUCCUGCUUGCUUGAGAAGGACUUAGAUUGAUAGGACACUCAGGGUCUAACCCAGGGACCCCUAUGCUUGGCUAACGUAGUCUCCCUUUGAUGGAUAUACAGAACUGUGGAAAGGAAAUUGGUGCAUCUCAUAUGUGGUUACUUCAAACAAGACAGAGCCCUUUAAGGCUUAGGAGUGAUGACUACAGGCUUAGAAUGAAAUGAGUCUCUGGGGCCGAGAGUUGGCAUAACUGGCCUGGCUGAUUAGUGACUUUCUUUGGCUCGUGGAGAUGGUGGGAAGUGAGAUCAACCUCAAGGCCUAGGUUUGUGGCCAAUUUUGCCAAGGAGACACCUGGCAGAGCCUGGGAGCCAGGGCCCUUAUGAGUAACAUGGUCUGCUUUUCCUUCAUGAAGGAUAAAAUGAAAGAUCCAUUGCCAUCUAGUAUCUGUGAAACGUGAGGACAGCCCAGCCGUGUCUGUGACUCUUGCCAUGUCAGAAUCCCCUGCUUGGUUGAAUAUGAAUCCAGGCAUCAGAAACAGCAGCCUUAUUUAAUUUUUUAAAUGGCUGGUCUAUGACUCCUUGUGAUGGGGGGCAUGUCCUCAUUUCCCCAUCCUCACUUGGGACUGAGAGCAGGCUCAAGCUCCAGGAUCCCUGGAUGGCCAUGUUCAGUGCUGGACCCCAGAAUCCAUGGCACUUGAGGGUCUCUGACCUCAGCCCCUGCCACAUGUUUCCAAGUUGAGUUGCUUGGCUGAAUCCCCUUCCUUUGAGUUACUUAUGCCAACCCUUUAAUUUGGGAAAAGGACCUUGUAAUUACUUAAAGUAAUGUUUAAAUAUUUUCCAUUCGUUUGGAGGUGGUGCCAAAAGGGAGAAAACAGGGGAAAGCAUGCAGAAGGCUGGAGAGGAUGGCUGAGAGCCUGCCGUGGGCCCAGGGCCCUGGCCCAGCCUGCACUGAGGUGCUGGUGCCACGCUACCUGCUCACCUGGAGCCUGAUGGGACCCAGGAGGUGGCCUGAGGGGUUGAAAUAUAACUUCCCUCUUCUGGAUACCCCCGCAUUUUUCCUUCUACCCACUCUAGGAACGAGAGUUCUAGACCAAUGUCUGCUUUUGGCUUUCAGUCUGGGUUGAUUUCCAAGUAGAAUUCAUACUUUUUCUUGGCCCAUACGUCCAACUUUGGCAGAAGGCACUGGACUCAUGCCCCCUUCCUGCUUCAAGAGGCAGAUCUAGCCAGGCAGGCCAGGCCUCCUCAGACAAGAAAGGGGUUUUCAGAUGGCAGUGGAGCUUGGAACACCCAUUCCAGACACCAGUCGUCUGGGGAGAUGGUGCUGUGUCACGGGUUCUAGUCUGGCCUCUUCCUCAGUCCUCAGGAGGACUCAAGAGAGAUUGGCACAGCCCUUCUCUGGCUUGGAGGGAAGCCCGUCUCCCACUUGGCAGGGGCCCUUCCCUUGCUGUCUGUUGGUCAGCAUGCUUGAGCUGAGUGGAUGGUGCUGUGAUAUUUUUAAGGACCCUUUGAGGUGAUAUUUGCAUGUUAGCCAGAGGGAGAAAAAGUGCCCUUUUGGGAGGAAAAUGGUACGCCCCUCCACUUCCAUUUGGCACUCCCUUCCCCCCACCCCCUCAAGUGGUAUCGCCCUGGAAAUACCUAUGCAAUCCAGUCUCCCUAGGAGAGAGUGCAUGGAAGCAGGGGUAUGUGCAGUGUAGAAUACAGAUGCUACAGCAUAUAUGUUGUAUAUAUGGACAUAUACAGUACGUAUACACAGAGUAAGAAGAGUAAAUCACGUCUAUAUAUCUAUAAAUAAUAUCCUAUAUAUUUAUACAUUUCUAUGUUUUAAAUAGAUAUAAAAAUAGAGUCUAUAGAGCUGGGAGAGCAGUGGGAAGCCUGGCGCUGUGUUGUGCCAAGGGAGGGGGGAGCAGGACCUUUGGAGAGGGAGCUGGGGAAGGCCAGCAGGCAGGAUUGGCUGGCAAGGGGCCUCCUACCCAGAGUGUUGGAGAGGAGAGUGGCUGGGUCCCGGCUGGCUCCAUGCACUUUCUCUCCUUUUCCACCAGCUUGGUCUGAGGUUGGAAGGAGAUAUCCCCUGAGCUCCAGCUGAGGUGCCCCCUACCUCUCCCCACCCCCACAGCCUACGCUUAGGCGGUCACUGCUGCUUGGCAGUAGGACAUGGUCUCUGGCCCCUGGUGGAGGGACCACUGCACAAACUCCUCCAGUACCCUCCCACACCAGGACUGAGCAGCGUCGGUAACAAUAGGAAAGGUGCAAACUGGAUCAGGAGCUGGUCCAGGAAAGAUACCGCCCCUGCCCUCUUAGAUGCUUCGCUGCCCUUAGUGGCCGAGCCCCUGAAGUGCAGCUGUCCUGGCCUCCCCCGCCUGCCCUGCUCAGCCACUGUCAGUGGGUGAGGACGCGGGCACUGCUGCCCACCAUCCAGAGGCUUUCUGGCCAGGGUAGGGGCCAUCAGCUAGCAGGAAACGGUGGGAGAGACAUAUCUGCAAACUCAUAAAUUCAAUGGCAACUCCAGUCCAGAAGCAGGGCUCUGGCCCAGCCCACUCCGCACAGCAGCUUGCUGGCUGUACUCAGGACAAUGCUGUUCCCCCUCCCUCACAGAGGCCCUGUGACCUCCACCCAACUCACGCCGUAACAGGCAGGUUUAGUUCACAUACACUGUUCGCAUUCUGUGACUUGAGGCAGAGGCUGAGCUGGGAUGCCCUAAGCCCAUCCACUUUCAUUGGGGAGGGCAUCUCCCUGGGUUUAUUACCAGCUCCCAGCCUCUGCCGGGCAGGGAUGUCUGGGUAUCACGGGGUGAGGGGCGGGCACUGGUGCAAGCUGGCAGCAUGAUGGAGUUCUUGUGCAGCCCUGAUGGGACCCAAAAACCCAUUUGCUUCCAGUCUCCUCUCUCUUGUUUGUUUUCCUCCUGAAGAUAGGAGAGAGGGCCUGACCAGGCACCAAUGAUGGAGCAUGAGGGCAGCUGCAUGCUCCCUCUCUCCAGACCAGCCUUUCGCUUUUGGGGUCCACAGGGGCACUUGCUCCCAUCCUGAGCCUCCUCUGCCCUUCUCUUGCUCUUCCCCACCAUCCUACAAGUACCUCAGUCUCCAGCAGGCCCGCCCUUCCACCCACAGCCCAGGGUGGGUCUGUUCUGCCAAUGCCCAUCUCCUUGAACCACAGCUAGCUGCCAACUGGGUCUCGGGACACCCUCCAGUACCUGGUUCAAGAGAGACCAGGCCGGGCCGAGCCUUCUUCCCACUGCAGUGGACCAGACCCACGGCCAGGGGAUGGGCAUCCCCAGGUAGCAAUCCCACAAUGCACUGUACCUCAGAGAGAGAGCACGCCAGGGGCACCAAGGGACCGAGCCCUCUGUUCAGAGGGGGACGGCGGUCACAAUACUGCUCACCAAAAGACAAAGUCCAGGCCGCCCUCGGGCAUCCCUCAGUCUUCACUUUUGUCUCUCCGGAAGAACCAGCAGUCUGAUUCUGUCUGUUUCAGCCCCCGUCUCUCUCCUCUCCACCCCCACGCUGCUGAACCGUUUUCAUGUCAAUCACAAAGGAAAAAUAAGUGGGGGUGGGGGGGAUAUACCUAGGAGUCUAUUACACAUACGUAUUAAUAUGUUAAUACUUUCUUUCUUAAAAACCUCUCGAUGUUAUUAUUUUGCAGACUGCGCUUUAUAGUACCUGUGUGAGGGGACCUAGAACACUGGAUACAAUAGAGCUAUGUUGGUUUAUCAUGAUAUGUACGCAGAAACUUUCCUUUUGUCAUAUUAUCCUUGUAAUGUAAGAUUGUUAAUAAAAGCAUUUAAAUUUA